AUGUUGUACCAUCACCAUCCAAUGCCUCAGGACAGGGAUAAGCAACGUGGCAAAGCUAUCGUUGUCGAUGGACAAACACCCGGUCAGUCUGGUGGCCAGCAGGCUGUGCCCAGAAAGUUGACCGCCGUCGCCUGUGUUGACUGUCGCAAACGGAAGCGCAAGUGCAAUGGCGAACGCCCAUCGUGUUCAGCGUGCCAGACCCGAGGGUUGUCUUGCAUGUAUGAUGUCGUUGAAGGCGCGACACGAACCGAAGACCUGAAACAAAAGGUCUCGUCGUUGUCGGUGAGAGUGCGGAAUCUUGAGUUGUUUGUCAACAAAUUGAGGUAUAGCACCGACAAUGAAGCCAGUGCAGUCCUCGCUCAGCUCAGGCUUGGAGAUACCGUCAACGGAAUCCUUGGCGCCGAUAUGGCCGACGGCCUCUCAGACAUGGGCGAAUCCGAACAGGGAACGGAGCAAGCGAUGCCGACACUUCAAAGUGUGUCGACGUUUGGCAUUGGACUUGCUCAUAAUCCAGCAGGUCCAUCUCUGCUCACCAACACCUCCCUGUACGAGUCAUCGCCGAAGGAGCGAAGUGUCAGUGUUAGCAUCAGCAGCCCUGGCUUGGUCGAUGGGGUCAAUCGAGAAGCAAGUGCAUCGCGACAGAACUCGGAUUCUCCGUGGGCUCUAUCCUUGUUUGUCCAAGUUGACUCUCAGCACCUCUUGUUCAGAGACGAGUCAUAUUCGAACAUGAGGAGUCCCAACCAAGAGUCGCCGCCAAAUCUCGAUGGCAAUGCUCCGGACCUGACCUACCUCAGAAGCAACCAAAAAAAGCUAUGGAUCGAUCCCACACUGGCCUCGUCCAGACCAGAAUCGAGUUCAGGCCCAAGCUCGAGCGCGCCAGAUGGGCAUGCAAACGCCUUCGAUGGGCACAGAGCUCGACGAGAAGUAACCAACAAGGCUCGUUUUGGUGGCGACAGUGUCACGAUAUCGUCGAAUUUGUUCAGUCCAGUCGGGGCCGCGCCCUUGUCGCAGCCUCUGAACCCUCAGAUCCUUGGUGUGGACCUGACAGCCCCUGCAUGGGCAGUCACGUCGACGUACCUCAACGAUGAUCUCGACAUGAUGUCUGCCGUGUAUGUUGACUUCAUCAACGAGGCGAAAAGGCUCAUCAGCUCGGGUGUUGCUCCAGAUCGUGUGUUCGGUCUCCUUCCAGACAUCGAAGCCCUCGUGAACGAGGCUGCCUACCAGAGGUCUUCGUUUCUCUCUCAGUGGACCGCAAGACAUGCCAAUAGCUUUGGCAUACCGACGCUAUCGUGUCGCAUGGCCGUCAUGUGGCUUCAUUGGCUUCUGAUGCGGUGGAUGAUUCACCCGACGCCAGCAACCUAUCUCGCCGUUCCAGACUGGUACAGACCAACACCCUACCAGAUGUUCGUCCCACACCCUGUAUAUAUCGAUUUCCAGAUCUGGCCGAGAUUGAGAGACACCGUCAUUCAGCGCGUCGACCUACAAUGCCAGCCAUUGUAUUGGUACUCUGAGGCUGCGACAACCCUCGAUUGCAACUGGCCUGGCAGCGACCAAGAUGCCAUGUGCUACGAUGCCAACGCUAGAUUGACCCUCUCAGCGCCCUUCGUCCAGCACUUGGUGGAUCUCGGUAACUGGACUGUUGGCCCUGUCAUUCGGAAGCAUAUACCCGAUGCAUGUACUGUUCUCCAGAUCAAGUACGGUUCCAUGUAG